AUGAAUUUGCCAGUUGCGUAUUAUCGACCAAUUGCAGGAUUCAAAAACAAGCUUUCAAACUCGACGAAAUCUCUUUGGCAAGUACAAGCUCGCAGACAUCAAAGUUCAACCAUGAGCGGGUACAAGAAUCUGAACAUUGAGUUCAAAAAACCGGUUUUAGAUGAUAGAAACUACCGCUUCAUCGAACUGCCUAACAAACUUAAGGCGUUAUUGAUUCAGGACCCGGAGACCGACAAAUCUGCUGCGUCUCUGGAUGUUAACAUUGGAUCGUUUGAAGAUCCGGAAGACGUGCCUGGAUUAGCACACUUUUGCGAGCAUCUUCUAUUUAUGGGUAGCUCGAAGUUCCCCAAUGAAAACGAAUAUUCUAGUUUUUUGAGCAAACACGGCGGCGGGUCUAAUGCGUACACAAGCUCACAAAACACAAACUACUUCUUCCAGGUUAAUCACGAAAGCCUGCACGGGGCCCUGGACAGAUUUUCAGGCUUCUUCAGCUGCCCACUAUUUAAUAAGAACUCUACCGACAAGGAGAUAAACGCUGUGGACAGCGAGAACAAGAAGAAUGUUCAAAGCGAUCUGUGGAGGCUUUAUCAGCUCGACAAGUCGCUCACCAGCGACAAACACCCAUUCCACAAGUUUUCAACCGGAAACUUGAAAACGCUCGGCUCAAUCCCAAGCUCAAGAGGAGUGGACAUCAGAGAUGAUUUGUUGAAGUUUUACGACUCUUCGUACUCCGCCAACUUGAUGAAGCUCUGCGUUUUAGGAAGGGAAGACCUGGAUACCAUGUCAGAAUGGGUAUAUGACCUGUUCAAGGACGUACCCAAUUCCGAUCGCCCUGCCCCAUCGUACGAGGCCACCAUGUUACCAUCCGAAUGCUUAAUGCAAGUCAUUAGGGCCAAACCCGUAAAAGACUUGAAAAAAGUAGAGGUCACAUUUGCAUGUCCAGACGUUGACGAGCAUUGGGAAUCUAAACCAGGGCAUUACCUGAGCCACUUGAUUGGCCACGAAGGAUCUGGCUCGCUCCUAGCUUAUUUUAAGACCAAGGGCUGGGCCAAUGAGCUUUCGGCUGGUGCUCAUACUGUCUCAAAGGGAAAUGCUAUUUUCUCGAUUGAUAUCGAUUUGACUGAUGAAGGCAUUGAGCACUAUGAGCAGAUUGUAGUGUCAGUUUUUCAAUACAUUGAAAUGCUAAAGCAAGACCUUCCACAGGACUGGAUCUUUACAGAACUUCGCGAUACCGCGGAAGCCAACUUUAAGUUUAAACAAAAGGGCAACCCUUCUUCUACUGUGUCUGCUCUUUCGAAAGCAUUGGAAAAGGAGUAUAUUCCAGUUGGCGACAUCUUGAGCACGGGUCUUUUGCGGAAAUACGAACCCGACCUCGUUACUUCCUAUUUGAAAGCUCUCGGCCCUGAAAACUCUCGUGUGACGUUGAUUCACAAAAAUGUUGACUCAAAUCUUGCUGAAAAAUGGUACGGCACCGAAUACAGUGUCAUCAAGUACUCAAAUGAGCUUCUAAGCAAGUUGAAAGCUCCUGGUUUGAAUCCCCACCUGCGGUUACCACGUCCAAAUGAGUUCAUCUGUACCAAUUUCCAAGUUGACAGACUAGAAAGCGCGGAACCCUUACAGGAGCCUCUACUGCUAAAAAAUGACGGCCGGAGCAAACUGUGGUAUAAAAAAGAUGAUAGGUUCUGGGUUCCAAAGGGCCACGUCUACAUUUCCAUGAAGUUGCCACAUACUUACUCCAGUGUUGUAAACAGCAUGCUUACGACCCUCUAUGUGGAUCUUGUCAAUGAUUCGCUCAAGGACUUGGAAUACGACUCUCAAGUGGCCAGCCUUCACAUUUCUUUCAGGAAAACAAACCAGGGUUUAGACCUUUCCCUAAGCGGCUACAAUCAAAAGAUCGCUACACUGCUAACAAGAUACUUACAAGGUGUUUCCGGCUUUAUACCGUCUGAAUCCCGCUUCAAGAUUUUUAAAGACAGGUUGGUGCAAAAACUGAACAACCAUUUGUAUGAGGUUCCGUACUCUCAGAUUUCCGAUGUUUACAACUCAAUCGUCAACGAAAGAUCUUGGACGAUCAUGGAAAAGCUAGACGUCGUCAAGCAAUUGUCGUUUGCGCACCUGAAAAACUUCAUUCCUUCGAUGUAUGAGCAGUUCUUUUUCGAGACCCUAGUGCACGGUAACUUCAAACACGAUGUUGCCAUUGAAAUUGACGAGCUGAUCAAAAUGUUGGCGCCUUCUGACAUCCAAUUAGGCCAAUUGAAAAGCUCGAAACCUAGAUCAGUGUUAUUGCCCCAAGGAAAGACCUUCUACUUCGAGCAGCCGUUGGCCGAUGAGAAAAACAUAAAUUCAUGUAUUCAACACGUUACACAGCUGGGUAUUUUCUCCGAGGAGCUAUCCGCCAAGGCCGCAUUGGUGGCGCAACUGAUCGAUGAGCCAGCUUUCGACACUUUGAGAACCAAGGAACAAUUAGGCUACGUGGUUUUCAGCUCGGCACUCAACACGCAUGGAACAAUAAAUUUGAGACUGCUCAUUCAGUCUGAGCGCGAUACUGCGUAUUUGGAGUCGAGAAUCGAGGCAUUUUUGGCGAAGACUGAGCAAAGCCUGGAAAACAUGACCGAGGAAGAGUUCAGUGGACACAAGACCGCGCUUUGCAAGACUCUACUUCAGAAAUACAAGAAUUUGUCCGAAGAGCACUUACGGUUCACCACCACAAUUUACAUUGGCGACUACAAUUUCGUGCACAAGGAAAGAAAGGCACGUUUGAUCGAAACGUUGACCAAAUCUGAUAUCUUGGAGUUCUACCGCCAACAUGUGAUGUCUGAAGGGGCUAGUAAGUUGAUUGUCCACUUGAAAUCGCGCGCCCAGGACGACGCAGCCAGAAAAAGAGAUGCUGUGGAGAACUAUCCUGCCGGGGACUGCAUCACUAACAUCGCUCGUUUCCAAAGCAUGCUAAGUUUGGCACCAGCACGUCAGCCGGUCAAGAAGCUCGAAGUGACGCCAAAGCUUUAG